CUGAGGGAAGACAGACUGGAAAGUCUCCGUGCAGGCGCAUUCGAUAACAUUAAUGAAGGCUCCGGGAUUAAAUAUAAUCUGAAAGCAAUGAUUAUUGUAGGUCUCUCGGCAAAAUCAAUGGAUAUACCAUAGAAAAAUUUGCCAGGACGGGUGCAGCCUCCGCACAGUUCUCAAUACUCGAAUAAUUCUGUCCAUAUCGGUGUAAGUACGACAGCGCGGCGACCUAUCUAAAGAUUCUCCAUCCGAAGACAGGGAGCCCCGCUAUUCCUUCCAUGACUGAAAGGCUGGAUAAAAGCCCCUCACCUGUUCGCAGAUGGGACAAGACGCAGGCGAAUCAGGAAAAUAGGGAGCUGUUCGGUGUACGAGAGCCUGGGAACGGCUCGACAAGCCAGCAGGGAAGGGAGAUCCCUUUGCUACGAGAACGAGACCAAGGAACAGCAUAAGGAAGGUCGUGAAUUGCACCAUGAUGGGAAUCGUGCUGGCCGUCCUGUGCGGUGGUGACGGUGAAGUGGAACGAUGGGAAUUCGAACUCAAGAGGACUAUCCGAAUGACCUCAUCGGAAGCCGGAUGUUACGGGCCGCAACUGACCCGGAAGGAGGAUGACGACGCGACUACUAACAUCUUCGAAGAGGGUGAUCAUGUUCGCCGUGCGAUAGAACAUUAUCCUUUGUCAGAGAGCAGGGAGCAGUGUCGAAGUGGCGUUAUCAGCAGUAGGCAAGGAAGGGGACUGGGAUGGACAGCUAAAAUGCUACCGAAAGAUGACGGCGUCCAGUACCACGAGCAGGAUGAAACCGACCACGAAGACAACGCAGAGUCUGACCAACGAGGCUAUCUAAUACCAGACAAGGAUGUCAGAGAAGCCUGGAUCCGAAUUAGAGGAGCCUUUUCAGAGGGGGAAGACGUUGCAGAUGGAGACUGA